UAGAACGCGUCUAGAGACGCGCGACCAGCGCGGCCGACGCGGCGCGACUCUAAUUUUAGCCGCGCGGUUGAUAGCGGAUUCCCUAGAACUACAAAUCGCGCCGCGCCGCGCCACAACAAAUGGCCGGGCGGCACAUAUUUUGAUAUCGGGUUAAUACGUCGUUGUUCGUUCUAUUGAUCACAUGUAUUUGGUUACAAUUUUGUAUUUAUUAUAAAUUUGUGUAUUAUAAAUUUUCAAACCAGUGAACAAUGUUGCGUCAACAGAAAAAAAAAAUAUUGAUAAAUCUAUUAUUAGAAGAAAUAGAAGAAGAAGAAAUUAUAAUUGAAGAAGUUAUGACAAAAAGUGUGAACGAUUUGUAUUUGACCAGAAAAAAGGAGGGUUUUUUUAGUGUAUUGAUUGAGAAACAUUUGUUUAGAGAUGAAAAAAAAUUCAGGGAAUUUUUUAGACUGAGUUGGGAGCAGUUUAAUUUUGUUUUAAAUCUAAUCGAAGAUGAUUUAAAAUUAAAUCCGUAUAACAGAGUGAAAGAGCCUAUUUCACCGGCAGAGAAAUUCGCUGUGACGUUAAGGUUUAUGGCAACUGGUGAAUCUUUUCAUUCCCUUGCUUUUGCCUUUCGUAUUUCUCAAAGUUACAUUUCACGUAUUGUGAAGCUAGUUUUGAAAAGUUUAAGCAAUCGAUUAACACCUAUUUUAUUACCUACACCAACAAAAGAUGACAUGGUAGAAAUAUCAAAACAGUUUUGGAAAAAGUGGAAUUUUCCGAAUUGUGUGGGUGCCAUUGAUGGUAAGCAUAUUCGUAUAUUUUCACCAGAGAAAAGUGGAUCAUUAUAUUACAAUUACAAAGAUUUCUUCUCAAUCGUUUUGUUGGCAAUUGUUGAUGCGAACUGCAAGUUCAUUUUGGUUGACAUAGGAUCUUAUGGUAAAGAGAGCGAUAGUGGUAUAUUUAACAAAUCAAAAAUGUCAGAACAAAUGAAAAAUUGUGAAUAUUUUCCACCUAAUUGCAAAAUUCCAAAUUCAGAAAAAAUAUUGCCGUAUGUAUACAUCGGUGAUGAAGCAUUUCGUUUGGACCCACACAUGAUGCGACCAUACUCUAAAAUAGAGUCUAGAAAUGAUUGCGAAAAAAAAAUUUUCAAUUAUCGUUUGUCACGGGCAAGAAGAACGACUGAAAAUAGCUUUGGACUAUUAAGCCAGGUUUUUAGAGUGUUUUAUACACCGAUACCAAUAAAACCAGAAACCGUCGACCAUCUCAUAUUAUCUGCAUGCUGUCUUCAUAAUCUUUUACGUGACCAAUAUACUUUAGAGAAUACAUCAGAACAACACUAUUACAAUUUUGACCCAAAUGAUUAUCCUGCUAAUAAUAUGGUACAGCUUGAGCAUACGGGAGGAUAUGGAAAUUAUGAAGGCUUUUUAGUAAGAGAUGAAUUUAAACAAUUUUUCAACUCUCCGCAGGGUACAGUACCAUGGCAAAAUUAUCAUACAUUAAGAACCGAUACUUCGUAAAAUGUCAUAUAAUAUUUUUAAAUAUUUUGUAUUAUAAUAUUGAAGUACUGAUUACAUUAAUUUUCAUUUUUAUUUUUAACUUCACUAAUUGUUUGUUUAUAUAUCUCAAUAAUAUUAUAUGUACAGUUUAUAAUGUUUAUAAUGUAUAUAUGUUUAAUCUGAAAUGAGAAUA